CGACGAAACGUUAGGUGGAGGAAGCCAGCCACUCUCCACCCACAACAGACGGUGGCUUGAGUCCCGCGAAGGAUGUGCCUCGCUGACGCUGUUGCUGGCGCUGCUUUACGUGUCACCGAACCGCACGCACGUACCUGAUUGCCCCUUAUCUCUUGUUCAAGCGUCCAGUCAGCUGCGAGCGAGCGAGUGCCGCAGACCCAUCCUCUGAAACACGGGGCACACAAACACACACACACACAGACACACGCGCUCACCCGCACUCAGCCGCCACGCUCACAAUGUGUACCUGACCGAGCCUUAGCAACACACGAAGGUACAGGGGGACAAGUAACUCAAGAACUGUAAUCCUCUCAGGUCACCUCAUCGAAGGGACUCAAGUCAAAGCCGUCACGAGGACUUAGUAGCGGUCACCAUGGAUAAGAAUCUGCCGUGGGUCACCAAAGUCAGCUAUGGAGUGGGUCACGUGUUUAAUGACCUCUGCGCCUCCAUGUGGUUCACCUACUUGCUUGUCUUCUACCAAAAUGUUCUUCAGUUUGACAACACCCUGGCGGGGCUCAUCCUCCUUGUGGGCCAAGUAGCAGACGGGAUCAGCACGCCGAUAGUGGGAAUCUUCUCAGACAAGGAGAACAAAAUACCCAUCUGCGCCCGAUACGGAAGGCGGAAAACUUGGCAUCUUAUGGGCACGGUGUUGUGUUUCUUCGCCUUCCCCUUCAUCUUCAACGUGUGCCUGGGCUGCGAGGAGGUGGACGACUGGGCGAAGUUCGGCUAUUACUUCAUCUUCGUGGUCAUCUUCCAGUUCGGGUGGGCGUGUGUUCAGAUCUCCCACCUGGCGCUCAUUCCUGACCUCACCACGCGGAAGUGUCAAAGGACGGAGCUUAAUUCCAUCAGGUACGCCUUCACAGUGCUGGCCAACCUGAGUGUCUUCACCAUCACCUUCUUCUCCCUCAACACCGGCAAGGCGGGGUCGGAGCAAAUCAUUGGCGGGGACUCUUACGGCAAUGACACGUGGAAUGACACCUCCACAGUCUUCACCACCGACCCUUACUACACGUCCACGGGCAAACCCAGCACCACUAAUCACAUUGGCCCUGAAGACGCCACCAGCUUCAGGAACAUUGCCCUCAUCUGCUGCGGUAUCGGGGUGGUGUUCUCCCUCAUCUUCCACAUCGGGGUGAAGGAGCCGCCCUUCAUCCCCCACAAGAAGCGGUGCGAGUUGCCACCAUCCUGCGGGGGCGAGAAGAAGGAGGCGUCGCCCGCUAAGAUGAGGAAAAUUGAUUGGUUUAAAGAGCUUCCCUUCUACCAGAUUGCUGUCUUGUACAUGGCCACUCGUCUCUACGUGAAUCUGUACCAGGCCUACAUCCCGCUGUACGUCCAGGACACUCUGCGGCUGGACCAGACCUUCCUCGCCCUGGUGCCGUUCGCCAUGUACCUCGCGGGCUUCACCGGGUCUCUGCUCAUGAAGGAGAUCAACAAGAAGAUUGGAAGGAAGAGGACCUUCGCUCUGGGCUGCUGCGUAGGCAUUGCGGGCUGCGUGUGGCUCUGGUUUGGGAAGGGAAGUUACUACGAGGAGUGGGGCAUCUUCCUGGUGGGGGCACUACUGGGUAUUGGCGGCUCCACGCUACUCAUCACCUCGCUCUCCAUCACUGCUGAUCUCAUCGGGGAGAACGUGGAGGGAGGCGCCUUCGUGUACGGGUUCAUGAGUUUGGUGGACAAGUUCUCCAAUGGAAUUAUUAUCAUGAUCAUUCAGGAGUCCAACCCAGAGGAGCCUUGGUACUACAGAAGCGUCAUCACCUUCGCGUGUGGGUCUGCCUGCGCCCUUGGCAUUGCUGUGGUCAUUUCCCUUAUGAACGUGAGGGUUGGACAGUCACGGUCACGAGACGUGGCUCUCUCUAUCUUCGAAGACAGCGAUACGUCCACCACCACAGAGGGCGGCUCCACUACUAAGUGUGGCCUGGACAAUCCGGCCCUCAACGUUAUUAGCGAAGUGUCAAUCCAGACCAUCCCUCCCCCUACAGUCAAUGGCACUUGCUGCAAAGAUUCACUCCCCCAGAACUCCCCUCCCAAACUCAGGAAAACACUAAAUACUAAAGACAAGCUAAGAUGCCAUCAUAUUAAUUAUAAACGCCACAUUUCAUUUUCCGUGUGGCAGCGGAGAUUGUAUCUACCUAUUUCAUAAGCAUUUUUUAUAUAUAUAUAUAUAUGUGUAUCUUAUAUUUCACUAAUUUUUAAGUCUCGAUUCGUGAUACUGUUUAUAUAUCUACUCUCAUGAUUUGUGUGUGUGUGUGUGUGUAUGAGUGAGAGAGAGAGAGAGAGAGAGAGAGAGAGAGAGAGAGAGAGAGAGAGAGAGAGAGAGAACGCUAGGCUAAGCUAUUUUUAACCAUUCGUUAUUUGAAGCAUCAUUAUUAGUUGAUCGCAAAUGACAGUGGUGUUUUAGGUCUCCAUGUCUGUCAGGGAUGAUUGGUGGGUCGUCUUUCAGUCACCACACGGCAUUACGCACCCAGCAGUGAAGGGAAGAGUAACAAUGACAACACGGCUGCCUUACCUUGCCAGAGGUUCGUCUGUUCACUGGUUGACCUGAAGCUGGCGUGGUGUACGACGUCUUAGCACGCUGUUGAUGUUUACUACCACUCAUCACUACCAUCAUCACUACCCCUGUUUUCCUCGUCAGUUGAUGUAAUAGUGAUGGAAAAACACACAUAUCAUCACGUGUUUGUUUGUUAGUAUGACGCAAUGACAACCACUAUCACUAGCAAGCUUAUUUUCCCCGUUAAUUUGUGAUAGUGAUAAAACACAACACAGAAUUAUCCUCAUUGUGCUUUCUUAUUGGAGCAUCGUUGGUGUUCGUAUGCCAUACCCUAAUCACUAUCACAGUCACUAUUUUCCCCGUUUAUUGAUGAGAUAGUGAUGAUACAGCUCAGAAAUAUCAAUUACUUCAUUACUGGCACGUUCUUGAUGUUUGAGCUUUGCAUUCAUCACUACCACAUGAAGGAAUGGGAAAAAAAGAUGAUACGUGCAGGCGUCACUCACUGGCGGUGGAAGACAGCGGGUACUAGGCUUGCUGGUCGCUUAUUGCACCAAACAGGCAAACAUUAGGCUGCCAUUUCUUUUCUUCCAGAUGUUAUUUUCCGUCUCAUAGUUUCAAUAUACAUGUGAUUGCCAUUGUGACCCCUUAGGUGAAUUACUGAACCUUCUGACUAAUAAGCUGCAUAAUGGAAUCGACCUGCGUACAGCUUAUCGUAUUUAAUUCUAGGUUUACCUCCUCACACCGUUUUCUCUUACGGAGCCAAGUCACGUGUGUCGCAUGUAGAUAAGUUAUUUGUUAUUGAUAAUAUUUCAUAAUAUUGUAGUAAGAGAUAUUUUAUAUACGACCGAAUGAAUGUACUAUUUAUAUAUUAUUAUAUUAAGUGUGUGUGUGUAUGUGUGUGUGUGUGUGUGUGUGUGUGUGUGUGUGAAUAUGAUUGUUGUUUCAGUGUACUGCAUAGCUUGAAAUUCAGUUUGUAUUCAUUAUGCUAGGAAGAAAAGUACAAAAUUAAAAGAAAAUCAAUA